AAAUUAGAGUUGGCAGCCUUGCUAGUAAAACAUCACUUUGUCGACCGUAACAACAAACAUGGCGCUUCUAAGGGCAAUCAUAAGAAACAGUACUCAAGCCAAGCUCCUUGCAGCAGCCCCAGCUAAGUCAUGGCAACCAGCCGUGACAGCUUCCACAUUUGGCAUGAAAAGCAUAGAAGCUAAUCGCAGUAAACCUCUUACAAAUGAAAACUUUGAGGAUAAGAACAAACGGUUACAGCGCCCUAUUUCUCCCCAUCUAAGUGUUUACAAAUUCCAGUCUAACAUGGCACUGUCCAUUACACAUCGUUUCACUGGUCUUGCACAGAAUGGAUUUAUUUACGGUCUUGCUCUUGGUGCAAUGACAUUACCAGCAUCUUUUCCGUAUUACCUGGGGCUCCUCGAAGCUGCACAUCUUCCAUUAGUUGUGUUCGCUGGCAAGAUCCUUAUUGCUUUCCCAUUUUCCUACCACUUGAUUAAUGGCAUUCGGCAUCUUGUCUGGGAUACCGGGUACAGCCUUACAAUUAAAGGAAUUGAAAGCACAGGAUAUCUAGUCCUCGCUGCUGCCAUAGCAUUAAGUUUAUAUUUAACAUCCCUUUAAAACCGUUUGUGCAAAGUAAGUGCAUUGUAUUUACAGUUUUGUUUCUGGGUGGGUGUGAAUAAAGGUAGUAAACUGUUA